AUGCAUCUCCUGCGCUCUAUUAUCGCCCUCGCCACCCUCCUAGUCCCCUUUGCUAUAGCUGCUCUUAGUCUCCGCAAUUCUAUUGACGCUACCCAACUUCCGGACUUCGAUGCUUUUAAGGAGAGGGCGGAUGCUAAUGGUUGGAGAAUCAGGCCAAUCUAUGAUCAAUACGAAAAUUUGAUUAAUAUUAUGGCCUUUGGAGACGACCACCUUCUGAAGGCCUCCAGGCUCUUUCUUGGCAAUGCAAACGCUCCUCAAUAUUUUAGACAGAGGCCAACUGAUGCUGGAAAGAGGCCGCAGAAGGUCCAGAAGAGCCAGAAGAGCCCGCAGCCACGGAAGGGCAGGAAUUCUCACUAG